GGGAAUGCAGAGAUGGGUCCCGCGCGGGAACCGGGUACAGUUGAACAUGUUGGGCCACGGGAACCCGAAAGCGCUCAUCACCGGAAGACAACCGUCCCUCACAGCCUCGCACAGCCCACGGCAGGGGCGCACCGCCCCCUCCGGUAGGCACACCGGGGCGAAGAGCGAGCACAAGAACUUCUUGGUAUCCCGGUGGCAGAGUUUGGAGACCAACGGUAGCCACGCGGCCGACUGCUGCUGGGCUUCUUUUAACGAGUCGUGCCCCAGCAGGUUGGGAAGCCGCAUCUCCCGGUAACCGACGCCGUGGCACAGAGAAAGUGUGCUGGGGAUGGGCUUACACACCGAGCGAACCGUGGAGGACCCUGACGUGUAUAAGCCGCUGAUUCCCCACCCGAACCCAGACAGCAAGCCCCUCAACAGUACAGAAUGGAGCUCCGCCAGUGUACCCUCAGCCCGCACAGACGAACAGGCCUUACUCACAUCCAUCCUUUUCAAGACAGCCCUGAACAUCAUUGAUGUCUCGGCUGCGGACUCUCAAGGCAUGGAGCAGCAUGAGUAUAUGGAUAAAGCUCGGCAAUACAGUAUAAAACUGGCCUUGUUGAGUAACAGUCUGUCUCAGAAGAAGCCCCUCCCUCUCCCUUCCCUCACCAGCCAGCCACACCAAGUGCUCGCUAGUGAUCUGGUGCCAUACUCUGAUGUACAACAGGUGUCCAAGAUAGCUGCCUAUGCUUACAGUGCAAUCUCUCAGAUCAAGGUGGACGAUAAAGAAGAACUAGUGGUUCAAUUUGCCAUCCCCUGAUCUACCCUCUAUAAUACCCCCCUGUCCAGUCUCCCAUGCCCGACCCUGCACCCUGUGUCUCAGUCCUUGUGCUACCCAGCUAUGUGACUAGCAACCUGCUGCUACAGCUGAGGAUUAUGACAACCAGAUCUCCCCUGCUGAGAGGGUUAACUUGAUCUGCUUGACCUACCUCCCCCUUGACCUUUCAAAGCCAUCAUUCAUCCUUCCUUCACGAGGGGUGUCAAGGAAUUUUAAAAUUAAUCGCAGUAUAACGAUAAUGGCUGUCUUUUUUUUUUUGUCAUUUUAAAGUAUCUUGUUUUGAAGAGUGACUGAGUCUAAUGACUAAACAGUUAGCUAGCUGCGUGGCAUGGCUAGACUGUUCUGGCUCUGCCUUUUCAGGAGUAGCUGUCCUCGUCUGUUUUGCAGCUACGGCAAUGUACUAACUAACCACAGCUAGGAAGAGGGUGAUGCUGUUGUUCUGACACUGUGAACCCGUCACCCAGAACACACAUCUCACCCCUCAUGUCAUCAAUACAAAUAUCUAGAAAGAGCAAUCACUAUAGUUUUCCAUAUCUUUGUUGGAAUCCUUAGAUUGACCUAAUGUAGUAAGACAGAACUGGGUUGGGUAGGUUUAAAAACAACAGGGACUUAGAUUCUAUAGUGGAACGAAUGGUCAGUCUUACUUUGAGAUCUGCUCAUGCUGAUAGAGUGCAGGGGCGAAUGGGGGGUGGGGGACAGGUGUGGGAAUCCACAUUGUUUUCUCUGCCUCUGAUUUCUAGCAGAAAUGUGCUUCCUCCUAGCACUUCAAUCAUUUAGCUGGCAGUCCUUGGAUUCGUAUCUUUUAGAUUUCACAGAAACAAUAGAUGGGGGUAGGGCUUAGUGAAGGUAGGGGUCGAGGUGGAUGGGUCAUGUUCAGGGGCUUGUAAUGUAAAUUAAUCAGUUAAGUGUUUAUACCUUCUAUGUACAGAUUUGUGACUCUGUCAAAAGCAACAAAUGGAUUCUAUGCACCUCCCCUUUGUAGAGCGUCUGUUGGUCAGGAUUGGCUAAAGCUCCAAUGGGGCGGUUUUUGGAGCCAAUCAAAACUAAGGAUACAGAAACCCAGUUUUUAUGACAAGAACCCCUAUUAACAUCCAAGUUUGUUCGAUUUUUAAACAAAACAACAGCUUGUUAUGAGUUACUUAAAUGAACCUAGAAAAUAACAUCUAUCAUGGCAGUUUGGGAUAAACAACCAUAACCUUGGUAUCCUCAAUUAAAACGAUCAAGAGGUGUUAGUGAUUUAUUUAUGUGGGGGUCAUUAAAGUGAUGAUCUGGAAGGCUGUGUCCACAAGACCUUUCAUUUUGACUUUUUGCAGUGUGCUGAGAACAGUACGUUUGUUUUCGUUAUUUCAACGUGUAAUAUUACUGGGACUACAUUGUUAAUUUCUUAGGCUAGUACCAAAACGUUUAAGAUAUUCUGUUACACCCCCCCCCCCCCCCUCCCCCCAUUUAAUUAUGUAAUGCAUUAAAGACGUUCAACAAUG